GACGCGUUGCAAACACAUCGGUACUUCACUCUUAUUGUUAUGAUGAAUUUAAACAUCUACGAUUGUUCCUCGCAACCUCAAAUAUAAUUUGGAAAGUGGAGAAAAUAAAGUGACAAAUGCCACAGGGGGUGAUCAAGUCACAAUCGUGCUGUGUUGGACUAAAAUCUCAGCAAUGUCGUUACUGUGCGUGCGAGUGAAAAAGGCCAAGCUCCAAGGACCUCCAGACAAGUUAAAUGUGUAUGUCACGCUGAAGGUCCAGAAUGUUAAAAGCACAACCAUCAUGGUGCGAGGAGACCAGCCCUGCUGGGAACAGGAUUUAAUGUUUGAGAUUAAUCGUCUGGACCUGGGUCUGGUUGUGGAGGUGUGGAAUAAAGGGCUCAUCUGGGACACCUUGAUAGGAACAGCAUGGAUCCCACUUAACACCAUACGCCAAUCAGAUGAGGAGGGGCCUGGAGAAUGGACCUCACUGGAUUCUGAGGUUCUGAUGAAGGAAGAUGAGAUAUAUGGCACUAAAAACCCCACUCCUCACCAAGUGCUGCUGGACACACGCUUUGAGCUCCCUUUCGAUAUCCCUGACGACGAGGCCCAGUACUGGACUAAAAAGCUGGAGCGCAUCAACUCUAUGAGGAUACAUGAUGAGUACUCACUGCAAGAUGAAGCACAGAGAAGACAGCUGCCCUCAGUGCCCUCGCAGUGCUCUUUUGAUGACCACGACAGCGCUGGGGAUGACCGGGACAGUGAUUACCGCAGUGAGACAAACAGCAGGCCUCCACGAUACCACACCACAGCUCAACCCAAUUCCUCGGUACAUCAGUACCCUAUUGGCAGAAGAUUACAGAAUCGGGCAUUAUCAAAAGAGUCUAGGACAGACUCUAUCCAGAGCUAUGACUUGGAUUAUAGAGAAGGAAGGGAACAGAGAUUUUUAAGUGGUACAGAUGAUGUCAGAAUGAUUCCAGUGGACUCAGGUAUGGGAGUUGAAGACUGGGAGAUCAAAUAUAAAAUUAAUGACAACAUACUGGAUGAUUACCUGGAACCAGAGCAGAAAACGUGGGGUGAUGAUGAUGACACCAAGAGUGAAAUUUAUAGAAUCAACUCCAAAGACAGUCGGUUUUACCAGACAGUACAUUGUGAUGCAAUGUCCCCAGAGGAGGCUGAGGAGUAUGAUGCAUCAGGAAAUCCCAUCAGGAGAGCAGCCACAGGCAGCAGUGAGGUCCGUUUGGUCUAUAAGGAAGCUAGAAACUUUGAGGAUGAAAUUUCCCCUCCUGAAAUUUCCAUCAUUCCUUCAAUUUCGCAACUUCGCAAGGCAAACCAAGCAUCAUAUACAGAGGGGCUGUUGUACAAAACCAGGAUGUGGGCCAAGAACUCAUUUGAAGACACCCUUGAGAACUAUACAAUUUAUUGUGAGGAAGAGGAAGCCAGGAUGAGAGCAAGAAGUGAAUAUGGGUCUGCAGGAUCUGAUGAAAUGCAGUUCUCUCUUGGGUCUGAAGAGGAGCUAGAUGAUAUGGCGUUUGUAGAAGAGGAUGCACAGUAUGAAUAUGACAGUUACUACAGUAAUGCAAGAUAUAUUUCCUCUUAUGAUGAAUGGUCACAAGGCUAUAAUGAACAACAGAGCAGCAUGGGGAAUGAUUGCACAAGGGGCCCAGAUGAAAUAUUGUCACCUGUGCAGGAGCCAAAUAAGGAGUAUCACGAUACUAUGGAUGAACUUCAGAACUUAGUUGACUCUGUGUCAGAAUAUCUGGCUGGACGAGAGGAGGAAAUGAGUAAAUAUGAAUCAAUGGAAAAAUCUGUCACAAAAACAGAAACAGAGAGUGAAGAAAAGAAAAUUGAGGGUAAAGCAGCUGAGAUAAAAGAGGAAAAAGCUGUGGAACAAGGUAUUGCGGGUGCUAAAAAUGCCAUGAGCUCUUUGUUUAACUCAAUCACAAAUACUAAACCAGCAGCUGAAAAUACAGAAUCAACAGAAACUACAACAAAAACUCCAUCUCCAGUUCCUCCACAGUCAGAGUCUGGUAUUUCUAAACUGUUCUCUUUCAUAACUAAAUCAACUGGUAGUCCAACUCCUGUUGCUGUUGUACCACCUGCUAAUCAGGAAUCUAAUGCAGACAAGAAGUUCUCUUUGCAGUCGCUGUUGCCAUUUCAGUUCCCAGAGGUCAGUCGACCAGCUAGUGCCACAUCAGAGACUGAUGCUACAAUCAUUGCUGAUUCAAGUGGCUCUCAAUCUCAGGACUCCACUCCAAGUCAGACACAAACAGUGGUCGAUUCAGUGCUAGGAAGAUUGAGCCCUUUCAGGCUUUUUGGAGACAAAUCAAGUGCUCAAACUAUUUCACAACCAAAUAUAACUCAGGGAAAUGCAGAGUCUAAAGAAGAAUCUAUGGAGAAAUCCAAAAGUUUGUCUUUAGAGAGGUCUGCCACACAACCUGAGCACCAGUCCUCAUGUGGGGGAUCAGGAUGUGGAUCAGUAGAGCUUUUACCUGAUACAGAAUCAUCUGGUGAAUUACCUGAUUCCAUGCCCAGAGGGGUUACGGCCAAGCUAGUAGAGAGUAAAACUGAGGCAAAGCCUGCCAGUCAAACACUCGCAGAAGACACUGGAUUCUUUAGCCCCUUUAAAAAGUAA